AUGGCUACUUCUCGGCCAGAUGUGCUUCCACAAUACAACUACGUGCAUGCCGAACAACCAGUACCUUCACCUGAAGAGACAGAAAGUAUAUUUGACCCAUUUGAAGAUGAAUUUCCCAUGCGUUUUGUCAACUUCAAACAACAAUUCAAGGUAUACCGAAUUUUACAGAGUAAUGCUCAUACACAGAUCUUGGAACCAGCCGGUGCUGCUUCUGAUAGCCCUGUUCUCAGGGUUCACGACAACGAUAUGGAAAUGGAGUGUGCACUUAAGGUUUUAUCGAAAAGACAGAUUCUAAAUCGUGGAUGGAAAUCUGUGGAACAGACAAAUCAAGAAGCUCGCAUUUUGGUAUGA